CCAUUGCCGACAUAGUGAAUAAGACGAAAGAGGUGCGACUCAGGUACUCCGGUAUCAGCUGUCAAUUAACCGAGGACGAAAACCUGCUGCGGCAAACAUGAUAGAACGGGGGCUGUCUUCACUAAUGGCCAUUGCUUCUGAUUAUUCGGAGGCUCAACUCGUGGUGCUCGUGCUUAGCGUCGUCGUUAUAGCCGUCGCGCUGCUAUCCUACUUCGUGGUAGCUCCGGAGUACGAGAAGCACCUGGACAAGCAGUACGCAGCAAUGGUGGACGCCUCUUCGGGGCGUCACUUGCAGAACCAAAAAGCGCACGAGCUGCUUCGCGCACGAUUUGAUCUGCGUAAGCACAAGUCACUUGGCGCCUGGGACAUCGAGUCUGGUUCUAGUGACGACGACGGAAUGGUCCACACGAGGCGGCAACGACGACACUCACAAAUGCGGAUACCUCCAGCCAGCGCCUCAUCAUCGUUAGACAUGAUCAGUGAAGCGAUACAACUCGCUCGGAAGGAGCGUAACGCCCGAAGACGUAAAAGCGAAAGCGAUGCACUCAAACAAGCCAACAUUCAGCGAGCAGACAUGUUGCGUCGUCGAGUGCAGCUACGGAAACUUGAAGAGGAGAUCGCUGGCACAGUCAAGGCUAACGAGGAAGCGCAGGCGGCAGCGACGUCUAGCAAUCCCAAUCCUACUUUAGCUAUCAUGCGUCGGCUCUCGAACAACGCACUCGAUCUUAGCGACGGUCGGCUCAAGAUGCUGCAGGAGCACCCGGCUGACUGCGUCGAGGAGCUUACGGUUCUCGCUCGAGCUCAAUCACCGAUGGCUACAACAUCUCGAGUGGAUGUCUUUGCCAAGGCGAAGGGCAAGAUUGAGAGUGGACCGAAUCUCCGCGAAGUGAAGCAAGCAUUGAAAGUAUUGCACGAUGUGCUCAGCUUUUACCUGUCGGUGGAUCACCGUGACAUGAACAAACUCACGGUGUUUUGCAACUCCCUUCUGCAGCACGACGGUCUCAACCGACUACGUGCAUUUGAGGCAUCGCGCGAUCAGGAUGUGCGGGCACUGUCAAACUCCAUUAUCGAGAAGGCUGUACCUGCCAUUUGGCACUAA